GGACUUCUUUGGUGUAAGUAUGGUAGUGCCUCUGUUAAGCCUUCAUAUCAAGUCUCUAGGAGCAAGUCCAACUGUUGCAGGAGUAGUAGGAUCUUCUUAUGGUUUACUGCAGCUCUUUUCCAGCACAUUUGUGGGCUGCUGGAGUGAUGUAAUAGGAAGACAACAUUCCCUGCUUGCCUGUAUCCUGUUCAGUGCACUGGGUUAUUUGCUGCUUGGCAUGUCCACCAGUGUGUGUUUGUUUGCCAUUGCAAGAAUACCUGUAGGUAUUUUCAAACACACUCUCUCCAUUUCAAAAGCUCUUCUUUCUGACUUGGUUUCUGAGAGAGAGCGCCCUCUUGUAUUAGGACAUUUCAAUGCAGCCUCCAGUGUUGGUUUCAUCCUGGGUCCUGUGGUUGGUGGCUACUUCACAGAGCUAGAGAGUGGCUUUUACCUGACAUCUUUAAUCUGUUCUUUUAUCUUCAUUCUGAAUGCUGGCCUGGUCUGGAUGUUACCAUGGAGUGAGGAACACACAGAUAGUAAUGAAAACAAACAGACCACCAGUAACAGCAAAGUGACAGCAAAGGCAAACUAUGACCUGCAGGUUCAAUCAUUAUCUAAUGGAGCAAUGAAAUAUGAUACUCCCCUCCAGUCCCUAUGGAUUCCAGUUGUGUCAGUGCUGAAGAGGAUUAAAAGCAUUGCAUGCUCUGAUCUGUGGGAUAUAUUUUUAGUACGGUUACUAAUGUCUGUAGCUGUAAUGCUGUAUUAUAGCAAUUUUGUUCUGGCAAUUGAAGAGAGAUUUGGGGUGAAACCUAAGUUCACAGGGUACCUCAUAAGCUAUAGUAGCACCCUUGGAGCACUUGCUGGUUUUUUACUUGGACCAAUAACAAGACUCUAUCAACAUAACACUUAUGCACUUUUAUUACAUUCCACUGUUCUCACCUGUGUAUUGAUAAUGCUAUAUUCCACAGCAUUCAGCAUAUGGACAGUCAUUUUAUCGUCAACAUUUUUAGCAUUUUCAACCACUGUAGGACGCACUUGCAUCACUGACCUUGAGUUAACCCUGGGUGGGAAUCAGGCCAGUGGCACGCUCCUAGGAGUUGGCCAGUCUGUGACAUCUGUGGGACGCAUAAUUGCCCCUCUUCUCUCAGGAAUCGCACAGGAGUUCAGUUCCUGUGGCCCUCCAAGUCUUGGUGUGGGGCUGGCACUCGUGGCUAUUCUGAUAAUGCUCUUGAACACACCACGAUAUUGCAGUGGUAGAAAUGCUAAAUUAAAAAGUGAAUAGCAGCUUAUUAAAUCAGGCUGAUGCAUCAUCAAUAAAAUGCAAAGUAAUUCAAAUAACUGGGGAUAUGUUAUACUAAAGAAUGGUGAGCACUAAAGAAACCAGUAUUGCAGCAGCAGGCUGUUUUCUAAAAGGAAUGGUACAAGUUCAAGGGGAGGCCAGCAUGACUGAGCCCUCAGAUUCAUACAGACCUGUCUGCUGCAGGAUCAUACAUCAAGACAGGAAUUCUCAGAGCUGUAGUUCAGAGAGAAAUUCUCUUUCAAAGGUGCAGGUAUCAUUUAAAAUCUUUGUAAAAUGAGCAUUGUAUUUUCUUUGUGCUAAUAAGGUUGAAAUCCCUUCAAGAAAAAUGUUUCUGACUCUGAAUAUAUAAAUGGCUGAUGAAUAAUCCAGUUUGCAACCCCACAUUGAAGCAUGAUGGUAAAACUGAUAGUCUCUUUGACUGAGAGAGACAGACAAAUGAAUUUUUUAUUUAAAGAAGUAAAAUUUGUUAUGUGCACUUACCAGUAUGAGAAAUUAAGGCUGACCUGGAUAAACCAUUGGCCUCCAUGGCCUGGAUAAACCAUGGCUUGUUGAUAAAUCAGAGAUUCCAUAUAUAACUUGUGAUGCAUGCUCUGCCUAGAAGUUUUCCCAUGCAGCAUAAUUAACCAUUCCCAACUGGCUGGCUGACAUUCUGCUUUCACUCCUCUGUCCCAGCAUUUCUGGUAAAUAGAGCUGUGUAUGCUCUAGCACGUAGGUUUCUUUUUAUAUAUAAUAUAUAAGGUAUUUUAAGAGAAAAUGCCAUCAUGUAGAAUAAGGGUGAUUGAAGAUGAGACGAUGUAAAUUACAGUGGAAUUUGCACUAGUGGUACCUGGACUAUUAUAUUAAAUAUAAUGGAUGGAGAUAUACCUCAUAGAACUGGAAGGGACCCUGAAAGGUCAUUGAGUCCA